UUCCACCGGUCCACAAGAUUCCCUUGUCACUUCCAUCCCUACUACGCCCACCGCCCAUCGGUCUACCACCCACCAUCCACUCCUCACCAUCUAUAGCACCCACACACCCCCCUUCCACACACAUACACCUCGCCAACAUGGGCACCUUGGGAUUUACAGCUGUAUUGCUUCUAGCUGUCGCGAUGGACAAAGCAGUUGAGAGAAGCCAAGCUGGUGCAGCAGCAACAGCUGAAGCAACAGCAGCAGCUGGAAGGAAUCAGGACGAUGGUGGGAAUGAAGAUGGAGCUUAUCGAACAGACAACAGUGACUACAGAGCGGAGGUCCUGGGAUGGAACGAGACACUGAUGGCUAAAGAUAUCACCAGCGCCUCCAUCUGCGGUCUUCAGCUUGCAUUUCCUGACUUCACGAACUACACCACCACGACAACUUCUCCGUCUCCCUCAACUUCGACAAGCUGUACACCAUCGCUCCGUUUGUCCUGGUGGCGGCAGUGACCGUCGCCAUCGUUCUCGGUGUUCUAGGCAUCAUUGCUCUUGCUGUCAAGACCAAGUGAGUAUACAUUACAUAUAUAUAAAG